AUGAUGCUAUUCAGCACAUCACUAGCUGGACCAGCACUAGAUUGGGCGCAGCAUGAACCACUCUCUACAAUCGAGUCAUGGAUCGAUUUUAGAGAAGCUUUCUUGAAGAGAUUUGCAAGGACCACCUUUCAAAUCCAAGUACACCACUACUCUCAUCAGCUGGAGAGAGAGCGUGAUGAAGAAGAAUGGGGAGGCAUACCACCCCAUCCUGAACUUUGCCACGACUAUGGACUUGGAGACAACCCCAAGAAGAUACAACUUUUCCAACUAUCACUAGCUGGACAAGCCAAAGAAUGGGCUAAGUUCAAUGCCCAACAUGCUUUCAAGACUUGGAAUGGAUACAAAGGAGCUUUCCUCCACAGAUUUGCUAAAGGUCCUAUUUAUGUCCCACCACCACGCCCAAGCUAUUCACAACACCAUCCAUCAUCACCAGACAUAAACAAGACACCACUUUUCCCAAGGGAGAGCUAUCAAGCUGCGCCAAACCAAGAUUGA